GGAGUUUCACAUUCUGGUUAUACCUUUCGCCAUUUACCGACAGCCAUGGCGACUCCUUCUCCAGCCAAGGUGGGGUCGCACCCACGUGGGGCCUCUCAGUCCCGCCGAAAUUCGCGGCGCGACUCGAUGGCGCUGGCUGACGUGAUGAACAACUUGCCACCAGAGGUGCUGGCGACCCUCGAAGCGGACGUGUUGAACGACAAAGCGUCGACACCGCACUUCCACAUGACCGCAUCACAACGGGACCUCAGCGAAGCACAGAAGAUCCGGCAAGGAGGGUGGCGUCGGCAGCUGCGAAAACUGUUUAAACAGCCCCGCACCAGUCGAGGGGGUCGUGUGUACCACUACACGAUGCUCGGUGCAAUCGUCGGCAAUUUCCUCCCCAUGAUUCUGGAAACUCUCGACGGUCCGGCCAACGGCGGAAGCGACCCCACGUAUCCGUUCCUGCCGUACCGGUCGACGUACUUUGCAUGGGAAGUCAUGUUUACGUCGCUGUUUGGGCUCGACUUGUUGGUCAAAGUGAUGAUCGCCAAGCGACAGCGCAAGUUUUGGUCCCGCAUCAACAGCUGGAUCGAUGUGCUGGGCAUCUUGCCACUUCUCUUGUCGCUGUUCAUGCAGUACCAGAUGGGGUGGAGCGAGGACCGCCGCACUCACAUCGAGCGAUACAUGAAACUCCUGCGUCUCUUUCGGAUAUUCCGUGUCGCGUACAUGCUUCGGGAAGUGGACGGGAUUCAAGUACUACGAACGACGAUUGUCGAGUGCAUACCGCCGCUCCAAAUCACCGCGUUCUUCCUCAUCACGCUCGUCAUGAUGUUUGCGACCGUGUUGUACUACGCCGAGCCGUGCUACAACUACACCAAGUGUCAGUUCACCGACAUUUUCAACGCCGGGUACUUCGUCAUGGUCAGUGUGGCCACGGUGGGCUACGGCGACCAAGUGCCCGACCUAGAUAACCCCGUGUCCGUGCUGGUCACAUGUGUGCUUCUCAUUUUUGGCGCAUUAUACCUGGCCAUGCCGCUCGCGAUCAUCGGUAUCAAGUACGAACUCACGUGGCUACGGUACGAACUCAAGGUCAAGCGCACAACCACGAGCUUGAGCAAAAAGUCCACGGCGCGGCAUCCCUCGACGAUGAAGUCCCCCUUCGCCCAGCAUCACGCCGCCCUUCCGAGCGAGGACAUCCACCCGAGUGUGCAUGCUGCAUACACGCUGUACCUAGAUCUGGUCAAAGACGUCAUGACGCUCGAGGCGAUAGUACAGACCAUCAUGAACAUCCCGCCCCACGAAGCCCUCGACAGCCACCAAAGCCGACUGCAUGCCGAAUCGCUCGUGAAAUUGAACCACAUGUGCAAGCAAGUGAUUGUGCUGUACCAGAAGCUCAUGCUCGAAAUGCGCGUAUUCCAGCCCACGCGACACGCGGGGCUGGUUCCGGGCGAGUCGCCCAACGACCGAUUUCGAAGUCGCUCGUCGUCCAUCACAUCCAUCGCGAGCGACGUCAUCCAUCGGGCCAAACGAGUAAUCCAGCAGAAAAUCACCCGUCCGAUGUACGACCGCCAGAACUCCACCCUGAACGGCGUGCGGCUGCCGAUUCGUAAGCGGCUGCGCUUGGUGCUGGAGCAGCAAACGUCGUCGCAUGCAAUCUGGGUCAACUGGUUCUUCUAUAUCAACGCCCUCCUCGGUGUGUUUAUGUGUUACGCGGAAACGACCCCGGAACUGCAGGCGUAUGGCCCAUCGACCAUCUUGUGCCGGCGGGCAAUGGGCAUCUACUGCGGGCAGCCGGGGCGGACGAGCGUGUCUGACGCAGGUUGUUUUGUGUGGCGCUCGAACGACACGGUCACCUCCACCAAACUCUCGUUCGACUGCGACGACAACGACCGGUGCUUUGGCUUUGGGUGGAACUUUGGCUCGGAGUCUGCCGCGAUGGCCUGCGACCGCAGCUUUGCCCUGCCCGAGCGCAUUUGCCAGCUCCGGCAAUGCAAAACGGAUCAUGCGCCUCUUGCUGACUUGACCACGUCUUGGAUUUACCCCGAAGCGUACUUUGCCCUUGUGUUUACCGUUGAAUUUGCCUUGAGAGUGUACGCGACCAAACGCCGGGGGAGGUUUGUGCGGUCCGUGGGGUCGUGGCUGGAUAUUGGCGCUGUGAUUCCGUUCUACGCCGAGAUGGUCGCGAGUAUGAUUGACAACCGACCGGCGCUGUUUGCGAUCGUGCCCACGUUUCCUACGGUAAUAUCGGUGCUGCCGAUACUCAAAACGCUGCGGAUUUUGAAAAUGGGCAAGCACUUCAAAGCGAACGCCGUGUUGGCCCGCACAGCCGCUUUGACGUACCAGCGUCUGUUAAUUCCACUCAUCUUUUUGUUUCUCGGGUGUGUGGCGGCGGGUGCGAUAUUUUACGAAGUCGAGCGGGGCACGCAAUGUUUUGCCCAUUUGCCAUGUCUGUGGUGGCAACUGGACAUCAUGACCGACGACAUUUCGGCGCUGUUUCCACCGCACAAGCGCGUGCAGGUUCAAAUGGACAAGGUUACGAUCGUCACCGACAUGUGGCGGUCCACAUGGCUGUCCAUUGUCACGUAAGUCGACAUGUGACACUGCACACCAUCAUAUGGGCUGUGCAUCCAUUGGUAUUGUAGGUUCACAACCGUCGGGUACGGCGACCUGAAACCCCGGACCCCCGUGGGCCGGUUAUUUGACAUUUUGGCCACGGUGUUUGGGUCGUGCUACACGGCGAUGCCGCUGUCGUUGAUCGGGGGGCAGUUCUACUAUUGCUACGAACAGUACUUUAAGCAGCAGCAACGGGGGGGCGUACCGGAUGCGCCGCGCUUGGCGCUGGAAACAACUCCGUCUAGUCGCAACAUGAGUGUCUUGUCGAUCGAGGACAUGGACAUUUUGAAAAAGUGUGGCGUCGUCGUGCUCCUCUUGGACGAAAUGAUGCAAAACGUGAUCAAACUCAACCAAGCCAGCUCCUGUGACGUGGCGGACGGAGGAGACCCCACUGACCUUCAGACUCCUCAGCAUGCGACACCCACCAUCGAGACCGUCAAGCGCACGAGCAGCCGGGGUCAUGUACAUAGACAGCCGCACUUGGAGACGUAUGUGCAUUGGACCAGCGACGUGUUCAAUCAAAGGAUCAGCAGCAGCAGUUUCCUUGGCCGAGGCUUGAACCGAGUUUGUCCUGUCAACCUAGGCGUCGACGAUGAUCACAUGACUGACAUUCGGCGACGCCGCGAGCUCAUCCAAACCGCCGUCAGGCAUUUGACAACGAUCAUGCUGCAGCUCUCGCGCGUGAUUGAAAGAGUCAUGGUCGUUCCAGACGAAGAGCUCGCUGCAAGCGAGUCAGACGCGACGGAGUAGGGCGAACAACCCGUAAUUAUCAUUUAGCAUUAUUAAUGCCAAAGUCAUCAAGCUCAUCAUAUCUUUGUGUUGGCGCCGGCGGCACGAAGGCCAAAUUGGCCGAAAAUGAACCCGAACACAACCAUCGCAGGGUUUCACCCGCGGUGGAAUGUUUGCUUCUGCGAUUCCUUCCACGACCAUGGGGAAGCGCGUUCACAUUGGAAUGAGGCAGCCGUAGUAGAACGUGAGCACCAUCGAAAUCUUGUGCCCCUUGACGUCUUUUCGACGAAUUUGGUACCACCCAAGCAGCUGGGCGUCCACCUGCAAGCACCCCCCAGCCCCGCCACCAUCGCCAUUCGACCCAGCACAAUGUGCACGAUACGGUAAUGUCGCCCAUUGCGAGGGCGAGUGAUAAACGUUGAAAAUGAUGAUCCACGUGAAGAGGCUGGCUGUGACCAAGUGGAUGGCAAAGAUCGGUCCUACAAGACGACCCGACGGAGGCGCCAAGAACGCGAAGAGCACCCCCAUGUCCUUUUACAUGGUGAACCACAGCAAAAAGACUGUGCCAAUGGCCCACCAGAUGGUGAAAUCACCGUCCAAAACGUGGCGUGGGCGGCCAAGCGGAGUGAUUUCUUGAAUGAACGCGCUUUGGCAGUCUCGCGGCGUGAUGGCUUCAAGGUGGUGGCCUAAGGGUGCGGUUGCAUUCGAUGGUAACUCGGGUGAGUGCAAAGAGGACUUGUCACCUUGAGGGUCGUCCGAGCCAUGUCUGGUGGGUUUUGUUGAUGAUUGCAUCGCGGAAGGUGUCAUUGCUUGAAUCGAUAAAAUCGAAAAUGAACAGUGUUGGAUUGGCAUUUCACGUGUGUGACUUGUUUGUGGUUGAUUCGUCCG